AUGACGAUUCCACGUCCACACAAAUCUUAUUGCUUUUCUGGUAUUGUUGUUACCUUGUAUUUCUUCUUCUUGGCUUCCUCCGUUCUCCACACUCUCGCUUCUUCUCCUCCUAUGCUCCACUACUGCCGCCAUGACCAGAGGGACGCUCUUUUUGAGUUCAAACAAGAGUUUCCGGUACAUGAAUCCAACUCAAAUCCAUCUUUAAGUUCAUGGAACAAGAGUAGUGAUUGCUGUCUAUGGAAGGGUGUCACGUAUGAUGCUAAAUCUGGCAAGGUGAUUUCACUUUACCUUAUGUCCACCCCUCUCAACAACUCUUUGAAACCAAAUAGUGGUCUUUUCAAACUCCGUUAUCUUCAUUUGUCUAACAAUGGCUUCAGCGGCUCCAUCCCUCAAUGUUUGAGGAAUACCAUUAAUAAUCUUGAAGAGCUGAAUUUGCAAAACAACAAUCUCAGUGGAGUUCUUCCUCCAGAUUUGUUUGUCAAUGCCACCAGGUUAGAGAUAGUUGACGUCAGCGGGAACCAGUUAAAGGGGAAACUUCCAAAAUCAUUGAUCAACUGCAUUUCCUUGGAGCUUUUGAGUGUUGAAAGCAACAGAAUCAAGGACGAGUUUCCAUCUUGGUUGGGUUCUCUGCCGUCAUUAAAUGUCUUGAUCCUACGAUCAAAUCAAUUCUACCUACGGGCCCUUGUAUCAUCCCAAUGUCUCCAUUGGAUUCCAAAGUUUAAAGAGUCAUCGAUUUAUCACAUAACGACUUCACUGGAACUUUGCCACCUUUCUAUUUUUCCAGCUGGAGUCAAAUGA